AUGACUCAAAUGCCUAGUUCAAACGCGUCUCCAAGCUCGUCUACCCCUUACCUCCUUAAAUACCAAGACGUGGAUCUUAAUCUGAAUGAUUUCCUCGCGGAGGCCUCGAUUAUGAAGAACCUUCAGCACAAAAAUCUUGUCCGUCUUCUUGGCGUGUGCACACGAGAGCCACCCUAUUAUAUCGUUACGGAGUAUAUGCCCCAUGGAAAUCUCCUCAACUAUCUUCGUCAACGUUCACCCGGCGAACUCACCCCUCCAGUUCUUCUCUACAUGGCCGUCCAAAUCGCAUCUGGUAUGGCGUACUUGGAAGCCAACAAUUUUAUCCAUCGUAAUCCUUCUAGAUAA